GGAGAGAACGGUGCGCGGGCGGACGUGCGCGCCAUCCAGCCGUGUCUGCUUACAGCUCCAACAUGGCGGCGUCUGUGUUCCCCGGCGUGCGGCUCCUCUCCAUCGGAGACGCGAAUGGAGACAUACAGCGGCAUUCGGAGCAGCAGCCGCUGCGGCUGGAGUUGAAGAGCUCGCCGGAAGCGGCCCUCAUCAAUCUCUCCAAUGGAGAGGAGGCAAGCGUGUUCAAGUGUUCGAUUUCCCGUGACACGGAGUGCAGCCGCGUGGGGAAGCAGUCCUUCAUCAUCACCCUGGGCUGCAACAGCGUCCUCCUGCAGUUCUCUUCGCCCGCAGACUUUCAGUCGUUUUAUAACCUCCUGAAGAACUGCCGUGGGCAUCCCGGAGAGCAGUCUGUGUUUAGUGAGAGAACCGAGGAGUCUUCUGCUGUGCAGUACUUCCAGUUCUACGGGUACCUCUCCCAGCAGCAGAACAUGAUGCAGGACUACGUCCGGACAGGAACUUACCAACGGGCCAUCCUGCAGAACCACACAGACUUUAAGGACAAGGUGGUGCUGGAUGUGGGCUGUGGGUCGGGGAUCCUGUCCUUCUUCGCCGCCCAGGCUGGAGCCAGGAAGGUGUACGCCGUGGAGGCCAGCACCAUGGCUCAGCAUGCAGAGGUGCUGGUGAACAGUAACCGAUUGGGAGAGCGCGUGGUGGUCAUCCCAGGGAAGGUGGAGGAGGUGACACUACCUGAGCAGGUGGACAUCAUCAUCUCAGAGCCCAUGGGCUACAUGCUGUUCAACGAGCGAAUGCUGGAGAGCUACCUGCACGCCAAGAAGUUCCUCAAACCCAACGGUAAAAUGUUCCCCACGAUCGGAGACGUCCACCUGGCUCCUUUCACAGACGAGCAGCUCUACAUGGAGCAGUUCACCAAAGCCAACUUCUGGUAUCAGCCCUCCUUCCACGGUGUGGACCUGUCCGCCCUGCGAGGAGCAGCCGUGGACGAGUAUUUCCGGCAGCCGAUCGUGGACACCUUCGACAUCCGAAUCCUCAUGGCCAAGUCGGUCAAAUACACCGUUAACUUCCUAGAGGCCAAAGAGGAGGACCUGUACAGAAUAGAGAUUCCCUUCAAGUUCCACAUGAUGCACUCGGGCCUGGUGCACGGUCUGGCCUUCUGGUUCGAUGUGGCGUUCAUGGGAUCCGUGAUGACCGUGUGGCUGUCCACAGCCCCCACAGAGCCGCUCACACACUGGUACCAGGUGCGCUGUCUGCUGCAGUCCCCCCUCUUCGCCAAAGCCGGGGACACGCUGUCCGGCACCGCCCUGCUGGUGGCCAACAAACGACAAAGCUAUGAUAUCAGUAUUGUUGCCCAGGUGGACCAGACCGGAUCGAAGUCCAGUAACCUCCUGGACUUGAAGAACCCCUUUUUCAGGUACACAGGCACCACCCCCAACCCCCCUCCUGGCUCACACUACACCUCCCCAUCCGAGAACAUGUGGAACACAGGGGCAGCCUACAGCAUGGGUCAGGGGAUGGCGGUAUCAGGGAUGCCUGCGGCGUAUGACCUCAGCACAGUCAUCGGCGGCGGCACGGCGGCGGCCCACAACAACAUUAUCCCCCUAGUGAACACCGGGAUCGUAAACCACACCCACUCCAGGAUGGGCUCCAUCAUGAGCACAGGAAUCGUUCAGGGAGCCACCACUGGUCAGUCGGGCCCCAGCAGCAGCGGUACCUACUAUCCCGUCACCAACCAGUUCACCAUGGGGGGCGCUGCCAUCUCCAUGGCUUCGCCUAUGGUUGUCCCCGGCAACACCAUGCAUUAUGGAAGCUAGGAUGAAGACUUUGAAAAGAACCCCCCCCCCCCAAUACCCCUGCAUGGAAAGCAAAUCCUCCCCCACCCACAAACUCUGAGGGACCCCACCUACUGCAACCAAAACCAGUAUACCAAAACAGCUGCUGUGCUGACACCUCCCUGUUUUACAGACAUCCCCCCCCCCCCCCCCCCCCCCCCGAACACUCGUAUCCGUCCAGACUGUACCCCCCCAGACUUGUCUGAACAGCAAAGUUUUCAUCCACCCCCCCAGCUCUUUUGAAACGGCCCAGGUCUUUAUUCUGUCCCGAGACUCGGCACUUUGUUUGAUACCAGCAUCAUUCCGUUCCACAGAGCCCUCCGCUGUACCACAGGGACGUCCCAGACUGUGGGCGGUGCAGCAGGACACGAUGCCCGUCAGCCGCUCCUCUCUGGGCCGCUGCACUUUGACUUCAGAACUGCUCCAGAACCGCUCAGACCCUCAUCAACCCCCCCAGCCUGUGCAAACGGAUCCUCCAGGCCGCCUUUCAUGCUGAGUGAUGACGAAGCUUAGAGAACCGCGGUGAAGUCUGGUUCUGACCCGUUUCAGCUGCAGGCUUUGCUGGCGGGUCGUUCCGUUUCUUUAAAUCCCUGCAAUGGUCUGAUUUUUAAAUGUCAUCCGUGUCGUCUGAGUGAGGGUGGGAGGGUGGUGGGGUGGCAGACGCUCAGAUGCUCUUUAGCUGCACUUCCUGCCGUCGACCAGCAGGGGGCAGCAGCGCCCUCAGCUUCCUGGACCUCUGUCUUUGUGGACGGACGUUUUCAGGUCUGAGCAGUUUUUUUGGUCCGCAGCUUCUACAUACAUCGGCAGCUGCAUCCAAUUUUUAAAGAUUCAUCACAUGUGGCAGAUUUUCUGCCCCCGCCCCAAACAGUUUCUUCCUUUUCCUGCAUCUCCUUCCGUGUUCAGUGAAUUAUCCAAAAGCGUGGCGCCGCUCGGCUGCUGUUACAUUUUCUAACCUCUUGGUCGAGCAGAAGCCAAAGUUUCAUAGGAAACAGAGUCAGGUACAUUACUCAGCAUGUAAGGUGAGUGUCUGAGGGGUCACGGUGACCCACCCGCCUGCAUGGAUCCGAGCUGCAGCUGUCUGAGGGGUCACGGUGACCCACCCGCCUGCAUGGAUCCGAGCUGCAGCUGUCUGAGGGGUCACGGUGACCCACCCGCCCGCAUGGAUCUGAGCCCCGGCAGCUCCUGGAGGGACACUCGAACGCACCAGGCUGACCCCGGAGGCCCCCGCUCCUGUCAGACUGUCACAGAAGAACUUUGGGGGAUGGGAGGACACCCCCCCCUCCCCCCUCCCCCCCCCUGCUCACCCGAUCCAUGUCUGAGCAGCAACAUAUCAGUGGUGCAGCCGGUUUUAUCAGUAAAGGACAGACGGGGGCUUUUAUGCAUCUCUUCCAGUGUUUGUCAUUUGAUUUAGAGCUUUCAGAGAUCUGGAAAUCGUCUCUUAGUAGGAAUUAUUUUUGUUGACUUUUGUUUGAGGAGAAGAAAGCAGCUGAUUAAAUGUUCUGGACUGUUCCAACACCCAUCCCACGUUUGUGUUCUCUGACGGUGAGACCCCCCCCCGCCCCCGUGGACGUCGCCUCACACGCAUCACAUGACGUGGGAUUCGCUGGACCUCGUUGGUCGUUUGAACCCGUGUGGCGGCGGCUGGAACCCACAGCUGAUGCGUCCGUGGAUGAAAUGUGUUUCUGGUCCUCCAUGUACAAAGCCGUGUGCACAAACACACGUUAGUGAACCGAUAAAACUGUACGACAAA